AUGGUCAGCACCACUUUAUCAACACGGGUUUCAUCCUUAUCAACCUCAACCACCCCUGCCAUGGAAGGCGAAAAGAAACACCCCUACCCCACAACCGAAGUCACGUCCGCGCCUUACAACCACCUGGACGAAAAUGCAGUCGCACUCGAACUCGCCUCCAACCCAACCCACCCUAUCACAGCUGCUGACACCACCCGAGUGCUCCGAAAAAUAGACCUCUACCUCAUGCCCCUAAUGUGUCUAGCAGUCCUCCUUCAAUUUCUCGACAAGACCUCUCUCAACUACGCUUCCCUCCUUGGACUUAAGAAGGAUACGCAUCUGCACGGGCAGCAAUACAGUUGGCUAGGUAGCUUUUUUUAUGUUGGAUACCUCAUUGCCACUCCUGUUCAUGGAUAUUUUCUGCAGAAGUUUUCGUUAUCCAGAUAUGUCGGGGUUAAUAUUGUUCUCUGGGCAAUUGCACUUGGUGCUCAUGCAGCGUGUCGAAACUACCCCCAACUAGUGGUGGUAAGGUUAACGCUCGGAUGGGCCGAAGCAGCCUUGACUCCGGCGCUGGUAUUGCUCACAGGAAGGUUUUAUACGAAGCGAGAGCAGGUGGUGAGGACGUCAGUGUGGUUUGCAAACAAUGGUUGGGCUCAAAUACUUGGUGGUGGGAUAAGCUAUGCUUUACAAGUGCAGAAUCAGGGGGGGAAGUUGAGGGUUUGGCAACAGUUGUACCUGAUCUUAGCAGGAAUAGCGUUCUUGUUCGGCUUCAUCGUUUUAGCAUUUAUGCCGGACUCCCCAGCUACUAUUCGAUACCUCACCACCCGUGAACGCCAGAUCGCGGUGCACAGGAUUAGGAGCAACAAGUCAGGUAUCCACGAUAAAAAGUUCAAAAAGAACCAGCUAAUCGAGGCUGUCAAGGACUUCCGUCUAUACCUCUUCUUUGUCGCAAUUUGCGCCGCAAACAUCGCUAACGGAGGAGUAUCCAACUUCGGCUCCGAAAUCAUCUCUCAAUUCGGCUACGACUCGAAAACGACCUCUCUUCUAGGCAUGGCUCCAGGAGCAAUGGAAGUUGUUGCCGUCUACUUCGGAGCUUGGCUCUCCCACGUCACACACACCCGCGUUAUUCCUGGGGUAUUAAUGUACAUCCUGGCGAUUGUGGGAGGGGUAAUGAUGAUCGCAAUCCCCUCUACUAGCUCUGCUGGACGCUAUUCAGGUUAUGUCAUUUGUUUCACAUAUCCGGUAGCCUCUCCUUUCAUCUAUAGCUUCUUGAGCAGUAGUGUAUCAGGAACGACGAAGCGGAUCGUGUUCAAUAUGGUACUUCAAGUCGGAUACUCAGUGGGUAAUUUGAUCGGUCCUCAGACGUAUAGAGUGAAGGAUGCACCUGGGUUUGUUCCAGCGAAAAUUACGUUGGUGGUCGUGUUUGGGGUUGCCGCGGCUUGUUUGGUUGGGAUUGGGGGGGUUCAUGCGAGGUGGAAUAGGAGGAAUGGGUUGGGAGGGUGUAAGGACGUCGUGUCGGCAGGGGAGGACGGGAUAGAGGGAGAGGAGGAAGGGAAGAGGGAAGUAGAUGAUGGGGAAGAUUUGAGUGAUUUGACUGAUAAACAGAGGAGUAGGUUCCGAUACCCAUACUAG